AUGGGGUUUAGCAGAGAGAGAGAGGGGGAUGGCUCAUUGUUUAAACCCGGGGAAUACCGGUUCAUCAAGCGAAUCCAUGAUGACAUUCCUGAAAACAAGCCUUGGAUUCCAAGAAAGUUCCUGAGAAAAAUUGGAAAUGUUUUGUCAAAGUCAGCAACACUUGAGGAUCGAAAUGGGACAUUAUGGAGAAUAGAGUUGUUGAAGCCUGCUGAUGGUAUGGUUAGGUUUCAGAAAGGCUGGCAAGAUUUUGCAGAUUUUUACUCUCUUAAGAAAGGAGAUUUGCUAGUUUUUGAAUACAAGGGAAAUUCCAGGUUCUCUGUAUCCAUAUACAAGGAAAUGGACUACCCAGCUGGUAGUAUUGAUUCAGUAAGCAGUAACCAUUUUGGACACUUUGAGGAAGACAUGGAAGGAUGA